AUGAAUGUCCGAGAUGAUACUCCAAAGCCACAUUUCGUCUUGGUUCCGUUCAUGGCGCAAGGCCACACAAUUCCCAUGAUUGACAUGGCUCAUCUCCUUGCAAAACAUGGUGCCAUGGUCAGCUUCAUCACCACCCCUGCCAAUGCCUCUCGGAUAGAAUCCACCAUUGACAGGGCAAGAGAGCUGAACCUUCCAAUCCACUUUGUAGCCCUCAAGCUCCGCUGUGCUGAGGUAGGACUACCCGAAGGCUGCGAGAAUGUUGACAAAGUCCUAGGGAAAGAGCAGGUCAAGAUGCUUACAGACGCCUACAGCAUGUUACACAAGCCCCUCGUGUCAUAUCUCCAUGCCCAGAGCAACCCUCCUUCCUGCAUAAUAUCAGACCUGUGCCAGCCAUGGACACGGGAUGUUGCAAGGGAGCUUGGCAUCCCCAGGUUGAUGUUUAAUGGCUUCUGUGCCUUCUCCUCCCUUUGCAGGUACAUCAUCCAUCAGGAGAAGAUUUUUGAGAAUAUAUCUGAUGACAAUAGGCUAAUUGUGCUCCCUGGGUUUCCUCAUUGCCUUGAGGUAUCAAAGGCAAGAUCUCCUGGGAACUUUAACUCACCAGGGUUUGAGCAAUUCCGUGAGAAAAUCCUAGAGGAGGAACGGAGAGCUGACGGUGUGGUCACAAAUAGCUUCGAUGAGCUUGAACCAUUGUACCAUGAGGCCUACCAGAUGAAAAUAGGCAAGAAAAUUUGGUCCCUUGGGCCGAUGUUCCUCUGCAAUACUGACAUGGAUGCAAUGGAAUCCAGGGGUUAUAAGACAUCAGUCGAUGGGAAGCAUUGCUUGCAAUGGCUUGACUCCAUGAAACCAGGGUCGGUUCUUUAUGUCAGUUUUGGAAGCAUGGCUCGUACUGUGUUUUCACAGAUUGAAGAUAUCGCAUUGGGCUUAGAGGCUUCAAUGAGGCCAUUUCUUUGGGUGAUAAAAUCUGAUAAUAAAGCUUCACGUGUUGACAAAUUACUGGACGAGGAGUUUGAAGAGAGAAUAAGAGACAGAGUAGGAGUGCCUGUUGGUGUGCAGAACAUCACGGCUAGGACAAUGCAGGCUCAUGAAGUUUAUACAAGGCGUAGGCCCAUGUUAUGGCAAGCGGAGCCGGCCCAGGGCCACGCGGCACUGUAG